ACGUAUCUAUUUAAUAAUUGUAUAAAAAUGAAAACGUUGUGAACAUAACACACCCCUUUUUUUUUGCAUCGAUUUCGUAAUACUAUAGUUUGGUUAUUUUAAUAAAAGAUCAAACGAAAUAUGCAAUACGUAUAUAUAUACAUACACAUUUGUAAUGUAGUUGACAUGUUCUUUUUAGUAUGACCAAGACGAAUCGAAACUUCAUCCUUGACUAUUAUUCUUGUUUAAUAUUUCAAAGGUCUUCCAACGAUCUAAACGAUACUAUAGAGUCACAUUUACAUAACUCAUAGACAAGGUUUAUACAAUGAAUCACAAUUUGAAUUAACGUUAUAUGUUUUUUUUACAAUAAAAUUUCUUGGUUAUACGUAUGAAGAAUUUUGAGAAUGAACGGAGUUUAUAAUAAAAUGUUGUUCUUCGUACUAUUCGAGUUUCAUGGAAAAUGCGGGAAAAUUAUUUGAAAUUAAUUUCUUUUCAUUAAAUUUAUAAUCUUAAUUAAACUCAACAAUAUAUUUGUGUGUUUAUUAGAAAAAAAAAAAGAACAAAAAGGUAGAAGGGAAAAUUGAUAAAAGUAUGUUAACCAGUUAAUUGUUUUGAAAGUACUCCAUUUUGAAAAUUUACACCGCUGUGUGUCGCUAAAAUCGACCUAUGACGAGUUUUGAGGUUAACAAUUGCUCAUUUUGAGAAUAAAAUGAACUAAUAAUACAAAAAAACAAAUAGUAAUUUACGAAUCUUUCAUUUCUCUCUUGAAAUCAUCUUGAAAUUUGAGAAAAUGUUUAAUUUUACACACAAAAAAUUACAAUUUAACAGGUUGCAGCAAAUGACGGCUAUAGCCGUCCGGAUCUUUGUUGUUUCUGAGUACGAUCUUCAAAUUAAAAGUGUGCAGCAACGUGUUAAAUAGCAAAUAGUCACUACUCUAGUCAUAAGACAAAAUUCUGCCACUUAUUCGUGACGAGUAUACUCGUCAAACUCAGUUAACUGGUUAAUAUUGUUGCAUACUUAUAUCUUCGAGUAGUACGAGAGAAAUAAUGAAAAAAUAAAAGAAACGAAGCUUCAUUCUCAAAAUAGUAGUAGCAAAAAAAAAAAUAGUAGUAGGUAGGAAAAAAAACAAAAAAAAAGACGCGAGGGAUGCCAAUAGCAGGCAGAGCUCCGUCACAUUUCUUGCCUUUACAGAGACAGGAGAAAAAGAGAGAGAGAAAAACAGAGAGAAAGAGAGAGAGAGAGAGAGAGAGAGAGCAAGGGGAAAAGAAAAAGCAGGAAUAUAACAGAAGGAAGAGACCUACUAUUACUACUACUACUACAGGAUCAGUGUGUUCCCAAUAAAUAAGAAGAAAAAAUAACCAGAGAAAUAUAUUUAGUAAAAAAUUGUCUCCAGUGGUAUUUAUCAGAGAGAACAACAAAAAAAUAACAAAGACUGAUAUCCAAAAAAAAAAAAAAACAGAAAGGGAUUGAAAUAAGAACUAAAAAAGGAUCAAUCAAAAGUGAACGACAGCUAAAAGAUGUACGCGGCAGCAGGUGGUGCGAGUAUAGCGAGUAGGAGGAAGCAGAAACGUUUGCAAUUGUACAAACGUGGUGUAGAAAGUGGCCGAUUGGGUGAAAGUGGAUUAGGAACGGCAGGAAGGGGCAAAAUAAUUUCGAAGCAAACAACAGGAUCAAAGGCAACGGGAACGUUGAUGACGAACAAAUUUGCUCGUCAACAUCAACAUCAGCAUCAGCAGCAGCAUCCGCAUCAUCAGCACCACCACCACUACUACCACCACCACCAUCAUCAUCAACACCACCAUCAUCACCACCAACAUCAACACCAACACCAACAUGUUGUCCCAUCAUCCUUCGCAGCACAAGCACCACCACCACCACCACAAUCAUCCCAAUUCCAUAUUACCGGCAUCGAUAAACAACAGCUUAUUUCACGCGUCGAGAAGUACCAACUACAACAACAACAACUACAACAACAACUAGCACCUGUAUCGCCCAUACAAUUCCCCAUAUCGCCGCCACCGCUCUCACUGGAAUCAUCCGGUUCGGUCACCUGCGCCACUAGCAAGCCUAACAGCUUCCCUUUUCCGCCACCCUCGAUCCUCGAUCUAAGAAUCUCGCCUACUUCCACGUCGGAUCUACAGUGUCAGGGAGCUGGAAAGGUAGCAUGGCAGGGAUGUACCAGAUCAUCCCCUCUUCCUUUAUUUCCUAAUUUACCACAUGGGUGUCGCGGCGGCGAUGGCUACAAAACGAAACAAUGCGAGGCUCAUCGAAGAUGGAUGAAGAGGAACAGGAUACGAGAUGCCAGUUAUUGUUAUGGGAGUAGCGGAGAGGACGAUGACGAUGACAUAAGCGGUAGCGUUAAUCGUCGUAGAGCUGAAGUUAAUGCAGCAGUAAACACCGUACUUUAUGCCGGGCUUGGUGCCACGGCUCUCGGCCUAGUGAUUUCAUUUGUUGGUACCGGUGAGAAAGGAUUUCUCAGUCCCGAGUUGAAAUUAAUUGGACCCUCAUUACUGUGCGCUGGUCUACUUUGCUGCCUGUUUCGUGUAUUGCUUUGUCUUUGCCUGUGCCGUUGCGGCGAAUGCCGUUGGUGCCUUUGUAAGCAGUCCCGUAACAAGAAAGACAAGGAAAAACAGAAGACGGGAACACGUCCAUCCGGUCCAAUGCAAACAGCCUCGCUUUUAUCACCAGUGCCACAGCAACCAGCAACACACUCGUCAUGCCAAGUGUCGUCAUCGUCAGCAAAGGGACAUGAACUCUUACUCUCUCCUGCCCAAUUACCUGAAUGAAAAUAUGAUUUCAAACGUUUUUUACCGAAUUCUACAUGCCGAUCUACUGCCGAUUCUGUCCAAAGAAGAGGAAACAAGAUAUGGAAAGGAAGGAAAGAAGGAA